AUGAGAAGCAUUAUCGUCCUUCUAGCUGGCGGGUUCGCUCAUCACACCCUAGCCCAAAUCCCCAGCCAACUAUACGAACGCGCAGCAUGCAAUCGCGAUAAUUUGUUCCGUUGCUUCAUCGACCAACGCUAUCAUGAACAGGCCAGCGACUUUUGCUCUAGUCUCGACACUUCCACGGUGACAGUAGCUACUGCAACUGCAACUAUGACAACAGUUGUGCAAGCUGGCGUGACCCUCGAUGUUGUGGAGAUCACCGAGACUUCUACGACGACUGUUUUUACUGAAACAGUACCUACUGCUACAACAGUUGUGACGCAAAGUGUAGGAGCCUUGGCAAAACGUUCAUUGGCGAUGCCACCAAAGUGCAUGACAAACGGCGUGACCUAUCCUGCUAGUCGAAUUACAUCAGCUUGCUCUUGUAUCGACGUCCCAGCUUCCACUGUCAGCGCUACACAAAUUGUGAGCACGGAAACAGUUACAGAAACCAAUACUGUGUUUAUUACACCCUCAGCUAUUACUACGACUAUCUGGGAGACUAUUUCCACUGCUACAACCGGAGGCAUCACUACAGUUACAGUUCCCCCUUUAAAGGUAAACCGUCUAAUCAAUGGCGACUUCGAGACUGGCGAUUCAACCGGUUGGCAGCUUUCACCUGAGUCCUGGCACAGCAAAAUGGUCCGCUGGGGCCCUGAUCCCAUCGCAUGGGCAUAUGAAGUGACUGGUACGGCGAGUGCCACAGGUACUCUGCGACAGACCAAGCUCGUCUACCUCGAGGCAGGCCGCUACGAAGUUGGCUUCACCGCUCCCCCAGCCAAGUUUCCCAUGAAUUCGGACUACUGGCGCACUGUGGUAGUCUUUGACAUUAUCAACCCUGUUCAAGGGACCAACAUAACUGCCAAGUUUACCAACGGCGCUAAGGCUAUGGCAAGCGGGGGAAGGAUAAUCAUUGGGGGAAUUAACAAGCAGAUCGAUGUUCUGGAGGAUGCGGCGGGAUUUAGUGAGGUUGUCAUGCGGUUUGUUUUACUACCUCCUGGUGGACAGAUCGACGAUGUCUACCUCAAGAAGGUUGAAUGA